ACUUUCAGUUAUGUGUCUUUAAAGAAUUUAUGCAUUAACGAUACAGCACUUGGAAUUUCUCAACUUCGGUUUAGUGGAAUGUGUUUGGCAUGAGCAAUAUGGGUGGUGGCAAAGAGAAAGGCAGCCCGACUGAAUGGACAGCCUAGGAUGGUCAAGAUCUCUAGCUAUGCUCCUUUUUCAGUGAGAAUGAGAGUAUUCAAUGUUUAUGAAAGUUUAUCCUGUAGUCUCUUAGAUAGACAAAAAGAUAUUGGAGCAGAAUAGGAUACGUUUUACUGAGUUGCAUGUUUAUAUGCCAUUCUAUCGACCAAAGGUCACCUACCAAAACACUGAAGUUGAAAAAUCUCCAUAGUUUGCUUAAAAACAUUUCCAGGAGAUGCAGUGGUGCAAGCGGGCAGGCUGGAAGUCUCACCUACCAGGACAGUCUACAGGAGCACAAAAAGAGGAUGACUGUGAUUUCCUCUUUAAAAUUAUCUUCAUUGGAGACAGCAAUGUGGGGAAGACUUGUGUUAUCCACAGCUUCAGAUCUGGAGAGUUCUGUGAGAGGCAGCAUAACACAAUUGGUGUAGAUUUCACUGUGCAUACCGUGGACAUAGAUGGCAAGAGAGUUAAGAUGCAGAUAUGGGACACAGCUGGUCAGGAACGUUUCCGCACCAUCACACAGAGUUACUACCGUAGUGCUCAUGGGGCUAUGAUUGCCUAUGACCUGACACGCCGGUCUACGUUUGACUCCCUACCUCACUGGAUACAGGCUGUAGAGCUGUAUGGAGCUGCCAAUGUUGUUUUUGUUCUUAUAGGUAAUAAGUGUGACUUGGAGCCACACCGGCAGGUGCUGUUUGAGGAUGCCUGUACUCUGGCAGAACAGACAGGAGCCCUGGCAGCUCUGGAGACAUCUGCAAAAGAGAACCACAAUGUACAAGAGGCCUUUGAGCUUAUGGCACGGGAGCUAAUAAUGCGAAAUGGGGGUAUUGUCCAUCAGGAAGCCCCAUUGGACACCCCGAAUCUUCUCCUAUACACCGAAUCUCAUGCAAUAGAUGAAGUGGAAUCUGCCAAAAAGUCAUGUGAAUGCUGAACUGUAAUUUCUAGGGCCAGCAUUUUGUAAGUUAAAGCACUGUACCAGAUUUGUACCAGAAAGACUAAUCUCUUAUCAGAUAGGAGGGGAAGAUGCAGACUUCAGUACCAGAAACAGCCUUUAGCCAUCUUUGUACCUUCUUUUUAAAAUACUGACAAAGCUGGAUUGUCACAUAGCGCAGUCAUAUG